AUGGCCGAAAAAUAUGUGAAUAGUUCAAUAAGCUGAAUUCCCUUAUCCACAAUCUUUCCUCUCUACCCAGAAAACUCAACACUCUUCACUUACAUUCACCUUCAAAAAUGGCGCAACUUCAAUAUCUGUGCUUCGCUUCACCAAUAACCUCUUUCCCUCUCCUCGAACCCCAUUCUUUCUCCCAAUUUCCAUCUCUUUCUCUCUCCUCAACAAAACCCAUUUUCCUCUCCCUCCGCCGCACAUUCCGCCUCACCCACAUUUCCUCCUCCGCUUCUGCAACCCUCGCCACUCAAAACCCACCGUCUGAAACACCAUCGGAAAAAGAAGAGAUAUGUCCCACAAGAUUGCUCGCCACAAAUAUCCCAUGGACUGCAACUGCUGAUGACAUUCGCGCUUUGUUUCAGAACUAUGGCACUGUUGUCGAUGUCGAGUUGUCGAUGCAUAGUAAAACGAAGAAUAGAGGAUUGGCGUUUGUUGAAAUGGGUUCUGUGGAGGAAGCUGCUCAAGCUCUUGCUAAGCUCGAAGCUUAUGAGUUUGAAGGUCGGCCUCUAAGGAUAGCUUAUGCUAUGCCAAAGAAGAAGAAAGAAUCUCCACCAGAGCAACCUAAGCCAGCAGUUGUGUACAACCUGUUUGUGGCAAAUUUGUCUUUUUCAGCAAGGUCUAGAGACCUUAAGGAACUUUUUCAAUCUGGUGGUAUUGAAGUUGCUAAAGCUGAGGUCAUAUUUAACGAAAAACCCAGAAAAUCAUCUGGUUAUGGAUUUGUUUCCUUUAAGACGAAGAAAGAAGCGGAUGAUGCCCUCACUGCCUUUGAAGGGAAGGUUCUUAUGGGAAGACCAAUCAAACUAGCACGCAGCAACAGAUUCGUAAAACUCGAGUCGGAGUUGAAUUCCCUUUCAGAAGAUGGGGAAGACACAGCAGCUGAUUCCAGUCUUGAUUCAGAACAAACUGAGACAGUUGAUAGCUUGUAAUGAUCAAGUAUUGAAGGCCUUAUAAUUUUGUGCUUGCACCAACACUCUUGUUGAGAGGGCUUUCAGUCAUAUGGUGAUGUAAAGUUUAUAUUAUCUGAGAAGAUGUAAUGCAAUCAUUCAGAGAAGAGGGCAAGUUUGAGCAUAAUGAAAAUAUUGGAUUUAGCAUUAAGGCUGCUAACAUACAGAGCUCGGAAGUUUCAUGUGCAUCAUUCUCGAGGUUGCUCUGCUCCCCUCCUUCACUUCGUGCUCUGAAUUGCCUCGAAUUGCACGAAUAACUGCUUAAAAAUACAGUUAUACAUAACAUAAUGUGGAUGCCAUUACAUGCAUUGAUAGGAUGGAUGUUGCAAAAUUGCAGUUAGCUAAUUCGAAAGUGUGACUGUAAAGCCUGUAAUUUGUAGCUGCUGUAAUCUAUGGCACUGUUUGGACAGAAGUUUUGUGCUGUGUAUCAUCUUUGCUUUGCUAUGAUGUAAACUCAUUUAGAAUGUUACUUAACAAACUGGUUAUGUACGGAUCCUUGGUCCAAACUUACAGUUCUACGAAGAUAAUAUCUUUCAAAUA